AUGUUGAAGAAAGAAGAUACAAGACCACUUGAGAAAGAAACCAAGGGAUACCUCGAUUCUAUCCGUGCUGUUACCGCUUCUCAAAGUGCAAUUGCUGAAGUUAUUUCCAACCUUUAUGAAGACAACCAAAACAACGGCGCUUAUAACAACCUAGGGGGCUACUAUCUUCAGGUCAUUCAAGAGUUCGACCAGGAGACUGUCAAGCAGCUUGAUGGCCCUUUCAGAGAGACUGUUCUUGACCCAAUCGGCAAGUUUUGUCAGUACUUUGACGAAAUUGCCGAGGCGAUAAAGAAAAGAGCUCACAAGAAGGUCGAUUACGAACAGGCUAAAUCAAAGGUCAGAAGGCUGAUCGACAAGCCUGCUAAAGACGCCUCCAAGUUGCCUCGUGCUGAAACAGAGCUUGCCCGUGCUAAGGGUAUUUUUGAUGAUUUAAACAACCAAUUGAAGGCGGAACUACCACAGCUGGUUGACAUAAGAGUGCCAUAUUUCGAUCCUUCUUUCGAGGCCCUUGUGAAAAUCCAACUGAAAUUUUGCUCUGAAGGUUAUGCCAGAAUCGCACAGGUACAACAGUACCUUGACCAGACUUCCAGAGAUGAAUAUGCCAAUGGUGUCCUUGAUAACAAGGCUGCAGACUUAAUUGGCCAGAUGAACAGGCUUAACAUUUGUGCUCUUGGUUUCAAAUGA